AUGUUUCCCAAGGGUUGUUUGAUCAGCAGGAAGUGUUUGAUCAGAAGAUGGAUUGCUGAAGGCUUCAUUGAUGAAAAGCAUGGGAAGACAGUCGAGGAGGUUGCUGAAGACUGCUUCAAUGAACUCAUCAGCAGGAACCUAAUCCGGGCGGUCAAAAGUAGUAGCAACGGCAAGGUGAAGAGCUGCCAGGUACACGACAUGGUCCUCGAGUACAUUGUUGUCAAGUCAAGCGAUGAGAAUUUCAUCACAGUGGUUGGUGGCCACUGGCAUACACCAUUUCCAUCCUACAAGGUGCGUCGACUAUCUGUCCAAAGGAGUGACCGGCAAGAGAAGGAAACAGUGGAGAGGAUGAAGCUGUCACAUGUCCGGUCACUGACAGCAUUAGGGAGUUUCAAAGCUCUUCAUUCUACUCUGUCCAAGUUUCAGAUACUGCAGGUACUGGAUCUUGAAAGUUGCAAGGAUUUAUCAAUGAUGAAUCAGCUCGAGGAAAUAUGUGAUAUGCAUCAGCUGAAGUACCUAAGCCUGCGAAAGACAGACAUUAAGAGAGUCCCAAAGGAGAUAGGUAGGCUAGAAUACCUUCAAGUACUUGACAUAAGGGAUACAAACAUCUUGCAGCUGCCUCCAUCAGUCGAGAAGCUACAAAAAAUGGCGCAUCUACUUGCUGGCAGCAAGAGCAAGAGGAUGGGGUUGAUAUUAACUGAAGGGAUCACAAAGAUGAUGGCUCUACAAACACUAUCUGGGGUUGAGAUCCGUGGAAGCUCUCGUAAUGCAGACAGGGAUGGAUCCACUAAUAAAGAAGCUAAGAAAUAUCCCCGAUGGAAGGCGGCUAGUACAGGCUUGGGCUUGGCUAAGGGACUGCGUGCCUUGGAGAACCUCACGAACCUGAAGAAGCUCACUGUUUACAGACUUCGAGCCUUUACUGGUGAGGAUAACAGUCUGCUAUUGUCUGCCAUUGAGCACCUGAGCAGCUGCUCCCUCAAGUUUCUUGCUAUCGAUGAUGAUUUCACCGGAUUUCUUGACAGCAAGCUCAGUACUUCACACGCGCCACCGGAGCACUUGAACACCCUCGGGCUCUCCGGCAUGUUGUCCCAAGUGCCCAACUGGAUCAGCCAUCUCCACAACCUUGAGAAGCUAACUCUGUCCUUAACCUCACUCACAGAAAGUACCUUGUCAGACCUUGGGGGCCUGCCUGAGCUAUUCUCUCUCAUUUUCAUUUUGGAUAAUUCUGCAAAGAAGUAUCCAAGUGUUAUGAAGAUUUUGAGUAAGAAUGCGGAGUCCGAAGGAAUGAUCUUUGUAAAACCUGGAGGAUUUGAGAGGCUCAAACUACUACGAUUUGUGACACCGGUGCUGCCACCUUUGAGCUUUCUGGAAGGUGCAAUGCCAAAGGUUGAGAGUCUUGAGCUGAAGUUCAUAAUGGCGGAGGGCAUCUACGGCCUGGAAAACCUAGCAAGUCUCCAACAGGUGCUCCUGACAGUCAGCAGUCAAGCGCCUGAAGUUGCAAAGGCGAAGGUAUCUCAGAUCAAGGCAUUAGCAAGCAUGAAUCCGAAGCAACCCUUCGUGACCGUCGACGAGUACAAUGACUUAUAA